AUGACAAAUAAACAGAAAGUGUUGUCAGAUGACUCAUCAUCCACAACAUUCACACCACCAAUUGACUGCAAAGGAGGGAUUAGAAAAUUGAAGAAGGAAAUCAAUAACACAAACUUUAGACAAAAUUACUUUGAAUUACGAGUAGGAGAACAGAAAAUCAGACACGAAACUAAACUAAAAGAUCUGGACGAAACGACAAAAGAUCGAUUAAAAUUCAUGAGCAUCAUCAAGAUAUCAUCAAAAGAAGACGAAGAAACAAUCAACCACACCUCCACAACACCCAACCUUUCCAAGUGGAAUAAGUUCCACAACCACCAUUUCUCCAAAUCACCAUCACCAACACUACUUUAA